GACUCAAUUAAAGCACUUUGGGCCUACAAGUGUUGAUCCACAGUUCCAUCUCGCACUUCAAUAUUAGUAAUGUUCAGCAAAUCCUCUCCUUCUGGCAAUUGCUAGACACCCUAGUGGCCGCUGAUAACAUUAAAAAAUAAUGGCAAUUCUACUCACACAUGGGCGGUGGCCAUAAUUACAUCUCGCUCCAUGAAUUAGCAAUGCAAUCGUAAAUAAAGACCCUUACAUGAACUGGAUCUACCCCAUGUUCGUGCGACAUCUGGAUCGGCCGCGACAUGGACCCCGCGACAUGAAAACUUAUUCGGGCCUGAAUCGCUAUGACUCAACACCACUACCAUGAAGAACUACACCAUCGUGAUUAAGUUGGGCACCUCGUCCCUCGUGGACGAAGUCACCCGUGAACCACGCAUAGCCAACAUGUCCUUGAUCGUGGAAACCAUCGUCAACCUCAAAAGACAGGGCCAUCGGAUAGUGUUGGUCUCAUCUGGGGCAAUUGCGUUUGGCAUGAAACGUAUGGGAUUGCAGAAAAAACCAGGCAAGUUGGCUGCAGUUCAGGCUUUGGCUGCCAUUGGCCAGUCCAGGCUUAUGGGGCUCUUCGAGGAUCUUUUCAGGCAGUUGGAUGUGCACACAGCCCAAAUCUUGAUUACUAGAAACGAUAUAAUUGAUUUCACCCAGUACAAAAAUGCCACCAACACCUUGAAUGAGUUGUUGGAGAUGGGGGUGGUCCCAAUUGUCAAUGAAAACGACACGCUUUCGGUGGCAGAAAUCAAGUUCGGUGACAAUGACACCCUUUCUGCCAUUACUGCUGGGAUGAUGCAUGCUGAUUAUUUGUUCUUGAUGACCGAUGUCGAGUGCUUGUACACAGAUAACCCCAGAACGAACCCUGAUGCUAAGCCAAUCUUGAUUGUGGACAAAAUUGAUGAGCUAGCAGUGAAAACCGAUACCGAAACUGGAGCUGGUUCUCAAGUAGGAACAGGAGGAAUGACGACCAAACUUAUUGCAGCAGAGUUAGCAACCAAUGUGGGUGUCACCACCAUCAUCACAUUAUCGAGCAAACCGCAGUCCAUACUCUCUGUUGUUGCCAACAUCCAAGCAUCUGAGGAAGCAAAUCUCACCACUUCAGAAAAGGAAGAGUUGCUUCUCAAAGACAUUGCGCAAAACAAGGUGCCACUCCACACCAGGUUUUUGGGUCUCCCAACCCACACACAAAUCAAAUCCGAUCGUCGGUUCUGGCUCUUGCAUGGGUUGAAGACCAAAGGCUCCCUCAUUAUAGACCAAGGGUGCUUCGAGGCAUUGACCAGAAAGAAUAGAGCUGGUUUGCUUCCAGCAGGUGUCAUUGAAGUGGAGGGUAACUUUCACGAGAGUGAGUGUGUUUCGAUCAAGGUUGUUCCCACCAAAAACUCAGACAUCUCUGAAGCUGUCCAGGUGGGCCAUUGCAGGGUCAACUAUAGCUCUGUAGAAAUUAACCUUAUAAAGGGUUUGAAAAGCAAGGAUAUUGAACCCACUUUGGGGUUCGCCGAUAGCGAGUACAUUGCGCACAGAGAUAACUUGGCAUUUCCCCCUGUCCGCCCUGCCUCUACUGACAAUCUAGCAUCCUUGAAUUAAUUUAUAGACAAAAUUAUCUGAUCUUUAGUUCAGGACAGUAAACGGCUUGUGGAUUCUGUAAGAGUCGCCCCCUUGCAUAAUGUAGGUCAGUAAGAUUUACAGUCUAAAGAUAAGCGUAUAUGCUAUAACGACGAUCUGUCUUCAGAAAGAGCCAAAAGGUAGACUUGAUACUAGAGUAUUUUGGGUCAUCAGCUACAGUAUACUAUCUAAACUAAUAAAACCCUUCAAUUCUGGGCCAUAGGUUGAACGAGUUUGAAACUAUCCAGCCCUUAUCAUCAGCCGAAAAUCAUCUCACAUGGUGGUAUGACUAAGAUCCCGGAAAUGACGUGGACCAUUAUCAAAAACCGUUUUCCUACCUGCAUUAAAACCUAACCC